UUCAAAAAAAUUCAAGUGCCUUUUUGUUCUUUAAGUUUCUUCAAAUUUCAGCAAAUUUAGGGCUUCUAAACUGCUCUGUUCGUUAAAUUUACCCAAAUCUGGGUACCUUCCACAAUGAAGGAGAGUGAGGAAUCCAAGCUUGAGCUAUCAGACCUGCCCGAUGAGCUUUUGGUUAUGAUAUUUGAUCACCUGGAUGUUGUUGGGCUAAAAGAGGCAUCGAUGGUUUGCUCCAGAUGGGCGGGACUCGCCUUUUCCGGUCGUAGAAUGGAUCGUGUGCUGUUGAAGGUGGAUUAUACGCUUCAUGAGCCGGCCGAUUACGACAAAACGUUUCUCGAGAGUACGCGAAACUAUCGACACCUGCAGUACGCCUACAGUAGCGAGGAGAUGGGUUUGAACUAUUUCCUCCGGCUGUUAGGGAAAUUCAAAAACUCCAUCCAGACGCUAAAGAUUUGGCCAAGCUUUUUCAUUACGCUGCACCAAUUACAACAGAUUUUGCUCGAGCUACCUGAUGUUCAGCAUCUAUCCGUGCAAUCGCGGAUAUGUUACGAUUUCGAGAGGCGAAACAUUCCCCAGGAACCGUUUCCUGUGCGAAGUAAGCUGCGAAGCCUGCUGCUGGACACGGAGAUCGGAUUGCAGUGCGAUGGUUUCGAUAUUCGAACCGUGGCACCGAACUUGGCCUGCCUAGACAUGGACUGUGAUUCCCAGCAAGCGCUAGAAGUGUACACACACUUCAGCGGUCAGUUAACAUCGGUGGGAGUGUUCUUUAAGACCGAUGAGUAUUUCCUCACCUUUUGUGAGCUCGCCUUUCCUCUGCUAGAGGAACUGGAUUUUUAUUGUGACGAUCAACAGAUGUUUGACCCAACGGCAGUUAGGACCAUUUGUCGGUUUUUCCGAAAUCUCACCAAAUUGCGUCGUCUGACUUUGCGGUGCAAUGUGUCGAAGGAGGUGAUAGACUCCAUUGCCAGUCGUUGUCCUGAGUUAUUGUAUUUUUCAAUGAAAACGGAUCUUCUGCAAGCAAAUUCUCUGCAAUCGCUUGGUCAACUAUCAAAACUCAAGACACUUCAAUUAGACGGAUGGAUGUUGGAUAAUGUUUUUCAGGGAUGCAAGCCGAUACCAACGCUUAGCAGUGUUCGGUUGGUGUCCACAAAGGUCAGUGAUCCAUUGGUUUUGUAUGAGCAUCUCGGGAAUGUUGCUCCUCGUCUCCGGGACCUGGUUCUCAUCGAAGUCGACAUAGAUGACGAUGUACUCCGGUUCAUUUGUGAUAAUUUCAAACACCUCAAGUGUUUGACGUUGGAGAGCUGCUUAAUGAUCACCGAUGAGGGAAUUAAAUAUAUCAGCCGUUUACCAGUCCUGAGGGAUUUGCAGCUGGCAUACAUGGACAUUUCUGGCAAAACUAUAACUAGUUUUCUCUCCAACUCUAUCCAUUACCUCUCAAUGCUGCGUUGUGAUAUGAUAACGGAUGACGAUCUUCUAAAACUACCAGUGGCCUUCCCUUCUCUUCAGCAACUGGACAUCACCUCGUGCCACCGUGUGUCCGAAGACGGCAUUGUUCGACUGCGUGCUGUAAUGCCAUUAUGUUGCAUUGAAGAUCGACUUCUUACCGAGUAAACGACUCAACGAUGAGUUGUUAGUUGUUAAAUAAAGCUUUACUUAAAAUCGAACCAAAUAAAAGUCACAA